AUGGAAGAUUUUGCCUAUAUAGAUAAAAAUGUUUAUAUAAAUCUUCUUGUGACCAUUAUAAAUAAAUGCAAAGAAUAUCUUCUAGGGAUAGGAAUAUUGAAAUUGCUCUUUUGCUUAUGCAUAGUGCUCAUUAGUAUCAUCUUUGCUCGUCGUAAAAACAAAAAGAAGAAAAAGGUCAAUAUAUAUAUACAGAUAAAUAAUGUGCGCCACGGAAACGGCAAAAAGGAAGCCGAGCUAGCGGAGGACCAGAAAUGUUGCGCGGCCAAUGAAGAAGCACAAAUAGUAGAACCCACCCUUUCACAAACGCGUGAACACACACAUGUAGAACAAAUGAAUAAUGAAUUUUAUCAUAUAACGUAUAGCCCACAUAUAUUUGAUAUAAAAAGUAUUAACACAACGGAAUUGUGUAACGUAUGCAAUGAAAGCAUCUACUCAUUUAUUUUUUUCAAAAAAGACAUUUUCGAAUGCGUGGUGUGCAGAAAUAAAUGCCACAUAGAAUGUGCCCCAAACUCAAACUUGAUGACCUGCAAAACGACCGUGUUCUUCAAAAAUAAACAUAAGUUUAUAAGAAUUAGGAAUUGCAUGUGGAAUAAUAAAUGCAAUAUUUGUAGUAAAAAAUUUUCCUACUUCUCCUUUCCUCCCUUUGUCAAACAGUAUAUAUAUAAAUGCAUUUGGUGCAACAAAUAUUUUCAUGUCCACUGCAUAGCGAGAGUUGCAAAAAAAAAAAAUCAAAUACAUGAUAAAAAAAAACAAGUGAAGGAUGCAAUUUGUACAUAUGGAAAUAACAAGUAUGUCCUUCUCCCGUAUGAAGUUGCCAUUAAAGAAAACGUCCUUCUAGACUUCUUGACCAAUGCUUACCACCGUGUGAACGAGGCAACAGUGGGCAAGGAUGAGGUGGUACUCAGUUACACCGUCAAUGCUUUCGAUGAGACGCCCCAUCAUAAUGGAACGGGUCAGUUGAACCCACAAGAAACAAACGCAAAAGAGAAGAAACCGGAACAACACACGAAAGGAAGAAAAUCAUCCCUUCUUAGCAACCACGCACCAGAUGAAAAGCUCUGCCUGGACUAUAUAAACCACUUUUCCAUGUUUCACAAAAUGAGAAAAUUUAAAUCAUUCCACAAUUGUUUAAAAGCAAAAAAUAAUAUAAUCCCAGUGCAUGAAAACUUUCUUCUGAAUUUCUUCCCCAUGCAUUUACCAAUCUAUGAAAUAAAAAGUAGUAGAAGAAUUCUCCUCAUUUUUCUAAAUGUAAAAAGUGGAGGCCAAGUUGGAAAAAAACUCUACCAAGAAUUGCUCAUGUAUUUUAACCCCCUACAAAUCAUAAGUAUAAAAAGUGAAAAAAAUGUGUUAAAUGCCCUCAAUAUGUAUAAGGAAAUGAUGUGCCUCAACAGAGUAAUCAUCCUUCUAUGUGGAGGGGACGGAACCAUAAGCAUCUUCGUCGACACGUUAUUAAAAUUUUUUGCAAAUGAAGUUGCCAUGGAUACUCUGCAGGCAAAGAACAAGGGCAAAUAUAACAACAAAAUGUUUGGGGAUGAUAAAAAAAAUGAACAAGUUCUUGUCUCCACCAAAAAUACAUUCCUAAAUAAAACCAUCAUGAACAUUACGGCAAAGUUGAAACACAAUAAAGACGCACUUAGGAAAAAGUGGGCAAAUAAUAUGACCUCACAAGCAAAAAAGCCAAGCACUUUUUUUUUAAAAAAAAGAAGUGAGAAGAAUGCUGAUGGGGAAAAUGCAGACCAUUGUAGUGACGAUGACGAUGAUGAGGGUCACAUAAGUGAGGAAAACGCCGAAACGUACUUUGGGAAUGACUCCUGUUCAGCGCACGUGUGGGGCGAAAAUCAAAGUGAUGAGUUCGCGCCGAAGCUCAUGCCCAAUGUAAAGGGUGCGUUUGCAGGCGGUAGACGCAUAGACGAUUCCGCCACCCUGAAUGAUGAAUUGAAGGGAGACUUAAUUAGUCAGUUGAGUGGCUACUUAAAUGAAGAUCUGCGUCAACACCUGAGUAACGAUCUGAAUAGCGAAAUGAAUGGCUGGAGCUCUGGGCAAAGCAGCCCCAAGGAUCUGGCCAAAUGGGGUACAGAAGCCAAGUACGGAAACGGAAAGUAUCUGUACAUCCUGGAAAAAUUGAGGAACUUCAAAAAAAAAGGAGAUGAAAAGGAGGACAAUGGAGAAAACGGAGGUGAACUCUGCGAAGACGAAGCCUACAAGGGAAGCACCGUGAAGAGCUUCCAAAAUGAAAACUCCAUGAUGGACAAAUACUACAAUAGCAAUACACUCUUAUAUAGUAAUUGUACAGAGAAUAAUAAUGAGGACUCCUAUUUUGAAGCCCGAAGCGGGCAGGAAAAUGAAAAAAUGUUUGACAAUAUUCUUUACCAUGAUUAUAAGGAAAAGUCCACCAGUUGUUUACCAAUGAAAACCAAAUUAAAUGAAAAUUCUCCUUCCUAUUGUCAGGAGGGUAAUGAAGGAGUGAACCCAAAUGAUGAACCGGACGGGACCUUGGGGCCCAACCAAAACAAGGUAGACAAUAAGCAGCACUCUGGUAAUGGUACCAGUUCGAACUACAGUAAUGGAAAUUCACUUAACAGCGGCACCGCUGAUUGUUAUGGCGGCACUCCAGGGUAUCUCUGCAAUGGGGACGAUGUGACACCCCGCCAGGGUGCCUUCCCGGGUGCUUUCCAGGAUUGUUGCGAGCAUAAUUACGAGCAUAAUUGCGAGGGUAAUUGCAAGGAUGAUUGCCAAGGGGAUCUAAAAGGGAAGACCCCCCUGAAUGAUGGACUCUCCAAAUUGGAAGCGGUAGAUCCAGAGCGAAGUGAUGAAGGCGUCAUCUUCCAAAUAGAUAAUGGGUACAAAGUUGUGCACUCAAAGGAAAAAAAAAAAAUUAUAAAAAACGUUACCAAAGGUGAAGAUAAGGAAAAAAUAUCACACAAACAUUCUCUGGAAUCGUACAUAGCAUCUACACCUAUCGGUAUACUCCCGCUAGGAACAGGAAAUGAUUUAAGUUACAGUCUAGGAUGGGGGUGCGGGUACAAUAACGACCCAUUGAUGUACUUAAACCAAAUAAAAAGUGCAAAAAAUAAAUACAUAGAUGUAUGGAACAUGAAAGCUUAUGACCUAAACAACAAUAUCAUUUUAAACAAUAGCUUCAUAAAUUAUUUCGACUUUGGACUAAUCUCCAGAUUAGCUCUCCAUUUUGAUAAUAUCAGGAAAAAGUUCCCCCAUUUUUUUAAUAGCAGAAUUGGAAAUAAAAUACUGUAUGGAGAAGUAGGGUUCAGGGAUCUCUGCUUCAAUACAUACAAAUAUAAAUUAAACAAAAAUAUAAAACUUUACUGUGAUGGGAAAAAGGUCAAAAUUGAUGAGGACAUAGAAAGUGUGUGUUUGAUUAACAUCCCCUACUUUCUUGGAGGAAUUAAAAUAUGGAAAGAUGAUGAAAAAGAUAAAAGCUACCAUUCUGAUAUUGAUAGGCAAAAAGAGGAACAUGUUAAAAGGAAGACAAGUAAAAAGAAAAUGAAGGAACCACAAAUGGAUGGAAACAAAUCAAAUAACACCUCCAGCAAUAGCAGCUUUAUUGGAUGCUCAAUGAAUGAUAAUGUGCAUAAUGAAAAUAACGUAGGAGUUCUUUCGAACAGUUUCAGCGAGGGAACUGGCCAUCCUUUUGAUGACCAUAAAAAAAUGGCCAUGGCAGAAUUUAUAAAAAGUGCUGCUUUAGAACAUUCAUCUGGGGAAAAUCUCAACCCUUCGGAGUUUUUCCAAAAUGAAAAAACAAAUGAGAUUACACCUUCACAAAAUGAAGGAGUCAAUCAUCCACAACAGGAACAGAAUCCUUCCCCCUCAAUGAAUGAGCAGUCAUUCGACUAUAGCAACAUAUACAAAUCGCACAGACUGGACUUUUACAGGCAAAAAAAACGGAAGCAAAAGUACAGAAAGCAAAAGAUGGAUGACAAAGUUAUUGAAGUAAUCGGAUUUCGUAAUAUGUUCCACAUCCUUCAGGUGCAGAUCGGCAUGUCCAGUGCGAUUAAACUCUGCCAGGGCAGUGACAUCAAGGUUAAGAUUGACAAAACGUUUAUUCAAAACAAGAAUAAAAUUUACUUCCAGUACGAUGGAGAGCCAGGCUUUCUCAACAUUCAUAAGUUGCAUUUCACUCAUAAGUGCCAAUAUUUGUUUUUGUCUCCUAAGGACCCAAUUUGA